AUGGAGUCCAAGGCAAAUAAGAGUUCGCACGUUCUUAUGUUUGGCCUUUCAGUCAACUUAUUUCUGACGCUAGGCUCACUCGGUUUCACUUGUUAUUCCCUGCAUCGAUUAGAUUCGCGUUUGACAACACUUGAGCGAAAUUCACUGCUUAAAAGCUCUCCGUACCCGAUUUCCAAUCCUUUUUCUGUUGCGCCAACAUCUGCUCAUUCUCGUCCAAGUGGAUCACUGGAGAAAGAAACUGCUCGCGUCCAAAGAGCUGUUGAACGAACAUCCAUGUGCAGCAAAUGUCGCAGUGUUUGCGUGAAUUUGAAUGGUCAGCGAGGAAAUUCGACCUUGGAGAGAAGUCAGGGAAAUGUUGUUUGCGUUGAGGGACCUCAAGGCCCACCAGGUCCUCCCGGUAUACCUGGCCGCACUGGUCGCCAGGGCCCUCCUGGAUCGAGCGGUAAAAGGGGAAGAAAGGGACCAAAAGGUGUGCAAGGUCCCCAGGGAAAACGUGGCAUAAGAGGACCACCAGGGCCCCCUGGAAAAUCAGCACAACGGAGAACAAAUCAUAGCGGUGGAGGUCAGUUAGAAUUGCCACACUUCAUUUCAAAGCCUUCCCCCACCAUAACAGUGAAAGAGACACUUAAUGUUCUAAUACCUUGUAAAGCAAAUGGCUUCCCACAACCUGUGAUCACGUGGUACAAAAAUGGACACCUGAUUGAAAAGGAGAAGAAGUACUUUGGAGAAAAGAGUCUAAAAUUAAAGAAAAUUCAAUUCCAGGACCGUGGUAUCUACACCUGUACAGCGGAAAAUCUUAUGGGCAGAGCAGAGUUAUCCGUCAAUGUCAGCGUGAAAGUGCCAGCAAAAUUUACUACCGAACCUAAGCGUUCCGUAACUGCUUACAAGACAUGGGACACCGUGCUUCAAUGUGACAUCUUCGGUUACCCCUCCCCUGUGAUAACAUGGACAAGAUCAGGCGAGCAGCUCUCAAUCAACAGACAUUUUAUGAACGGUUCCCAACUUACAAUUCAAAACACAACGGAGGACGAUGAUGGAGCUUACGUUUGCCAGGGAACUAACCAAAUGGCAAAUGUUAUGAGAGUUAUAUGGGUCUUUGUUAAAGCUGUUGUGAGUCCUUAUAUUGUGUCCAGUCCCCCCAGUGAAAUCAAAGUCCAGCAUGUUGGCGAUACUGUAAAAUUAAACUGUUCAGCCGGUGGCUCGCCUUUACCUAAAGUCACGUGGUUCAAAAAUGGUCGACGUGUUUUCUCAAGAGCCGCAAAUGACGGGAAUGGAUUGGUAAAGAGUGAAAUGGUCGUUCAUCGCUUCAAGCCAAGUGACUCGGGGAUCUACUCAUGUCUAUUUUACAACGACAAGAAUAUGACAGUGGAGUCCAACACAAAUCUAACCCUCGUCAACUGUGGUGACCCGGGUAUUCUCUCUAACGGACGUAGGCAUGGCUCACGGUACUGGACUGGUGAAUCUGUGUCCUUCGUUUGUGACCCAGAAUACCACUUAACUGGUCCUGCAACAAGGAUGUGUUUACCUUCUGGUAAUUGGACAGGGGUACAACCCUCAUGUCGAAGAAUUUGCCAAUCUUUGGAAAGUCCAGAACGUGGUUUUAUUCACGGGCAGCAGUUUUGGGAAGGAGAACAUGUUUCAUUUAGUUGCAGGCCUUCUUACUGGCUGGAGGGAUCCUUAGAGCGUCGUUGCUUAAAGAAUGGCACUUGGACUGGAAAUCAACCCGGAUGCAUUCUGCUUGGGUUGAAAGUACCAUCAAAUAUAAUCGGUAGCAAUGAUAUGAUCCUGAGUCUUCUGAAAUUUUUGGAUCCUGUUCCUGGCUCACAUUUACACUGGACGCUAUGUUACCGCGCCUCCUCUCAUGGCUGGGCAACAAGUACUUUUCACAACCGUUGUGAUGGAAAGCCACACACUGUUACUAUAAUAAGGAAAAGUUAUUUCGUAUUUGGAGGAUACACCGAUAUUGCUUGGG